CAGCUAGGAGACUUACUGGGACAUCACUGCUCUCCUGAUCUCACUGAGCUUCCAUCAUGGACCUCUUUCUGGUGUGGAUCCUGACUCUCCAGCUCUCAGCCUUGCUGCUCACAGGUCAUGCAGUUCCUGAACCUGUCCAGACUCUACGAGGUAGAGCAUUUCCUCAAUGUGGUGACCGACCCUGCUCUGUUGAACCUUCAUCAAGCAACCUGGCUGAUUUCCCUCCUGGACGGCCAAAUCGUGGUAAUAUUGGGAACAUCUGCGAUGCAAGCCGCCAAAAACCUGUGUAUGGGAGCCACAACCUUCCUCAGACUGGAUUUGCCCAUCUCAGCCGGCAAGGAGAUGCAAUUAAUGAUCUUGAAGAUGGCAAUGCCAAAUGCUGUCAGCAGUCCAAUAGACUGACCUGUGCGGAAGGUGUAUGGAAGAGUACCCUGGAAGCAUUUUGUCAGGAAGAGUUCAGCGUAAAGACCAGACCUUUUCAUUGCUGCAAGAAACGUGGCUCCGAAAGAGAAACUUGCUUCAGUUCUGAUGCUCCUAACCCAAAGUACAUCUUUCAGUCCAUGCAAGUUCUGGUUCCAGAAAUCGGAAGCGCCGACCUGCCUGCAGUGGGAAGUCCUAGAAGCUUAAAACCGUGCCCUCCUAACUCCCCAAAAUGCCAGAAACGCGGUAGUGAUGGUCUGCCUGACCUGUCCUUCCCACCAGGAGAACCCAAAUCAAGCACCAUCCAGAAUAUCUGCAAUCUGAGGAAGUUCCGACCCAUUUACACCAAGAACCAGCUGCCACAAAGUUCAUUUGGCUCUUACAAACGCCAGGCACAAUCCAUCAAUCACCUGGAACGUGAAUUCAAGAAAUGCUGCAAGGAUGAAAAUGUGAUCUGUGCGCACACUGCGUGGCAGAAAGUUCUGCAGAAGUUCUGCUCAGAGGAGCAGACUGUUAAAACCAGACAAAACGAAUGCUGCGUGAAGCAGGACCGAGCCGCUAUGUACACCUGCUUCGCAAGCCAAGCCCCUUACCCCAAGUACGACCGGGAAGUGGAGAGCGUGAAUCUUGGUAACGUGACUGUAGACAGCCUGCAAAAGCUCUGCGGAGGCUACAAACUCCUUACUAAACAAAAGAAGAUUGUACAGCUAACGCUGAGCCUGAGAGGGUCCUGCUGUAAUUUGCCCCACGAUGCCUUGCUGCAGUGCGCCAGUGUGCAGAAAGCGAAGUUUAUAGAGACUAUCUGCAGCUCCAAGAAAGCCGUGUGGAAUGACGCUCAGAAAUGCUGUAAGAAAAGCAAUGAGGAAAAGGCAGGGUGUUUCAAUUCCCACCUGCAGAAUGUGCCGUUGGUCGUGUCUCAGCAGAAGAAACCGGAGAAAUUAGAAUUAAGGAGAACAUUACAGGGACCCUCCUCCUGAAUCAACAUUUACCUAGAGGUUUGGGACACGGAGGGCAAGUGUGCACCCUGACUUUAUUUAGUUCACUCUCACACGUUCCGCGGUUCACAGACCAGGCUCCAACUAAACCGUUUGCAUGAAGUAGUUUAUUGACUCGUGCAAGAAAUGCAUCAUUCUUAAUGGCAAUCCUGACGAUCCAAUGGACACUGCUUAUGUGUAGCGAUUUCACUAUAUGGAUGCAUUGACCAAGGGUAGAAUGUGCCAGCAUAUUGCCAAUACAGUUAGCUGGCACACGGAACUAACCUUAAUGGAGAAUUCAAACACUGAAAUACCAUGAGGGUUUAUGCAUUGCCUGAGGAAAUGGAAAACUGUUAAUUCUCUUUAUUAGGUUUUGAGAUCUUCUGCCAUCUAGUGGCAUUGAAACUACUUUUCAUUUCAGUUUCACUUGGAGUAAAGGGCGAAAGAUCCCAUUUGUUUUGAUAAGUUUAUAUAUAAAAUGGGGUAGUCUUUCACUCCAGUCCACAUUAUUUCUCAUUCAUAGGAGAACAGGGUUCAGUCCGCAACGGCAGAGAAUUGAAGAUUGAAUUGGAGAAUUUUUUUUUUUUUUUUUUUCCUGGCUAGACUGUUAUAAUAACUGGACUACGUGGCUUAGAAUUCGCAAUGCUUUCUCUCCGAUCUCCAAAAACCUUAAACUGAGACAUACGUCUUACACCCACCAUUCCUCUCUACCCUUUUGAAAUCGCCUAAAGUUUGUGUCUUCUCUCUAUAAUUUGAAGUAUCCGAAUACUAUUAUCUUUGAAGAAAAUCUCAGGAAAUAAAU